CCAAUGGGCGGCGGGCAGCCUGUUACAUUGUUUCCAUUUCUCAGUGAUACUGACUCGCUACAAUCGCGGCGCUUCCCCGGGGGAUAGUGCCGAGAGCCGGCGUGCGGGGUGGCUGCGAGACCCUGUUCCCCCGGGAGGGGGGACGGUGCGGAGGAUCGGCAGCUCCUCAUGGCCAGGAAGGCCGGCGCAAGCGGCCCCAAGCCCGGGCUGGACAGGAACCGGAUCGGGGAGAGGCUGGAGGCCAGCGUGGCGGGCCUGCUGGAGCUGAGGCUGCUGCGGGAGAGGCAGGAGGAGACGGUACGGAGGGUGCUGCAGGAGGAGCGGCUGGAAGGCGGCGGCGAUCGCAAGCAGAUCCCGGGGGAUCUGCAGCCUCCGGGAGGGGCCGGCGCCCGGCAGCCUCCGCAGCCGGCCACCGGCGAGUUGGAGCGGGCUCCCGCGCGAGACGUUAAGCUGGAGCUGGCGGGCAGCCGGGAGCACUGCGCGGAUGGGCUGGCGGGGCCAGGCAGCCCGACUCCCCUGCCCGAGGAACUGGGCGGGGAGCAGUGGAGAGGAGACGCCGGCGGCCUCUCAGCGGAACCGGGGACCUCGGCCAGCCCCGCCCCGGAGCAUCAGGAGCCGGCGGGGCGGCACGACUCUGUGACCCAGCUGGUGGAGAGGGGCCCGGACAGUGGCGACACGGACUCCAGGCCCAGCUCGGGUUUCUACGACGUGACCGACAGCGCCUCAUGCUCGCUUUCCACCUCCUGCACCUCGGUGUACAGCGAGGGCCCCUCCAGCUCGCUGUGGAGCGUCCAGUCGGGCCCGCAGGUCAGCUGGCCCUGCGGCGGCCGCAGCCGGCCUCGCUCCACCGACGACGGGGCCGUGCGGCCGGAGCCCAGCACGCGGCGGGCCCUCGAGGGCGAGGGCUGCGUCUGGGGCAGGGUCGUCAGGAGGGGAAGGACCUCCCAGCGGCCCGUCUCGGCAGGCGAGCUAACCUUCCUGCCCCGAUACUGCAGCUCCGGCAGACUCUCCUCCAGCUGCCCGGCCGCCUCCUCCUCCACCUCCAUCUCCCUCGCCUCCUCCAUCUCUCCCUCCUCCCCAGGCUGCGGCGCGCGGCCCGACCCAAAGUUCCGCUGCGACCUGGUGUCCAGGCACGGCAGCGAGGUCUACCACUACCCGAGCCCGCUGCACGCAGUGGCCCUCCAGAGCCCGCUCUUCACCGCCUCGUCCGGCCGCCCCAGGGAGCUGGAGGGGGAGGGGGAGGGGGAGGGCAGAGGGGAAGGGGAGGCCGGGACGGGGUUGGGGGCUGGGACCAAGCCCGUCCCGCCGGCCAGCAGGGAGAGGCUGGACAGGUACAUCUGCGGCCUGGUGCUCCGCUCCCGCUGCGGGGCCGGCUCCGAGCAGCCGGGCCCCAGGCGGCCUCCGCUGGCCUCGUACCCCAAGAGCCUGUCGCUGUCGUCGGUCUGGGGCCAGGGCCCGGCCGGGGCCUGGAAAGGGGCCAGGAGGCGGAUCUCCACCAGCUGCCAGGCCCCGGAGCGGCCGCCGUCGCAGGACCGGCGCUCCCCGGUCACUCCCGAGCCCGCCGGCUUCGCGGCCCCUGAGGGCCCGCUCUACCGCGGCAAGCACCUCCACCACGAGCUGGUGAGGUGCCCGGCCGCGGGCGAACGGGACGUCCCGGAGCACGGGGGCCGCCGCGUGGACCUCUUCAGGCGGCUGGGCUCCAGGAGGAGGUCGCCCUCCCGUUCCAGCUCAGAGAUGAAUCUGAGCUCGGCGCUGCCGCGGGCUCCCGAGGCCUCGCUGGGGCUCGAGUGCCGGCCCGGGCCGGCCAGGAGGAAGCAGAAGUGGACAUCGGUGCUGGAGAUCCCAGCCCCGGGCAGGGCGAAGAGGGCCGGCUUCCUGGGCCAGGCCCAGGCCUUCCUGAGCCGCCGCCAGAGGUCCUCGCCCUGCGAUUCCCUCCCUUCCUCGCUGGGGGAGGAGGGAGCUGGCUGGUUGCGGGGGGCUGAGACCCUGCCCCGGACCAGCCCGGUCUCCGAGACCCGGUUCCACCGCUCCAGAUCCUUCAAGGAGCUCAGGAAGAAGGUGCAGUUGUCCAUCAGGCCUUGGUCACUCAAGGCCAACAGUACUCCCAAAUGAGGGGCAUCUCCCUCACUCACUGGGGCCAUUCCCCCUGCCUCAUCUUUUCCUUUCCCAACCCCUCAUCUGUAGAGGGGUUCGCCUCUCCCCCUGCCCCUCAUCCAUAGAGGUGGCCAAUCCACCCUCCUCCUCUUCUAGAAGACAUGAUCAGAAGUAGGCCAUUCGGCCCAUUCAGUCUGCUAUCAUGGCUGGUUUAAUAUCCCUCUCAACCCCAUUCUCUUCCCUCCCCCCCCUUCGUUUUU